AUGAUUAAUGAGAAGCGCCCCAUGCUUUCCCCCCAAGGCGGCCACCCCACGCGAUCCGCUCAACCGGUCAACUGGUCUGGCCGCCUUCUUCUCAUCGAGGCGCCUCUUGGCAGAUCAGGGCCCACGUCCAGCUUAUCCGCCGUCUUCACACCCUCAGCGUCGUAUACGACACGGGAUAGACCUGGGUCCGCGGCCGUAGAUGCCGCCCUGUGGGUUUCGAAAUUCUCCGAGACGGCUCGGAUGAUGCCAUUUACGGUUCGCGACGAACUCCGGGCUCGCCUCGAGGUUCGCCUCGAAGCCCUCACUAGGAAGGCGGCUGGGGAUCGCUACAGACUGCUCUCCAAGUACCACCCCAGAUCCUGUGUCAUUCAGUGGGCUGCUUUACAACCACAAUGA